UCUAUUUGAACGGUGAAAAGCGGGCUCACAACAUUCGAGAGGGAAACAAAGAGGGAGCAAACGUCGAGCUUUAGUUGGACGCUAACCCCGGAAUAGUUUGGAUUAGUUUCUACGGAAUACUUUGUCACCCACAUAAGGUUUCUGCCAUGUCUCAUAAACAGAUAUACUACUCUGACAAAUAUGACGAUGACAAAUACGAGUACAGACAUGUAAUGUUACCCAAAGACAUUGCAAAGCGUGUGCCCAAGACUCAUUUGAUGUCAGAGACCGAGUGGAGGAAUCUCGGGGUUCAGCAAAGCCAAGGAUGGGUUCAUUACAUGAUUCAUCAGCCAGAGCCACACAUCUUGCUGUUCCGACGCCCUCUGCCAAAUCCAAAUCAUAAGAGAUUUUCUGGGUCCCACAAAGAUCAGUCCCUCUGUGCCAUACACCAACUCAUCGCUGUAGACAUCUGCUGUCAGAUAACCAAGCUCUUGUGUGGUAGGUGCCUUAGGCUGAUUGUACUGGACCUGGAGAUGAACUAUCACAUUUAUGAACAGUGAAUGUGGAAUGGUGCAAGUGAUGAGGGGGGGAAAAAAAAGAUCAACCUUCAACUUUUUCUUGGCAAAAGGACCCUCUGUAUGUGUUAAUAGCGACACCCAUCUGCCACAAAGAUUCUAAUCUUUUGACUUAACCCACCUGUCCGACUUGCUGAACUUGCUUGGAUAUUCCAGCUUUUUUUGAUCAAUUUACUAUAAGUUGUAGGGAGCGAAACUUAAAAGAUUUGAGGUAUUCUUAUAGUGGACCAAGCCAGACAGAAUAAUUUGACCCCGAAUAUAGUUUAAGCCUGAAAACUCAGUCUGUGGAUUUGAGUGACAUGUUGCUGCUUUGUUUAAAUGACUGUAAAUUUGGCAUUUACCAGUAUUGUCAUGAAAAUCUGAAUCAGUCUCAGAAAUUAGCCUUGAUCCUGUUUUCAUAAGAGAAUAUGAGUUUUUGGCUUCCUUUUACAAUGAACAUUUUUUUUUCUCUCUAGUGAGCUGCUCUGUAUUUAUGACAUUGCCCUGUCUGAAAUAAAUGAUAAUUUUAAAAAUC